AUGGCAGUGCAGUUCCUGCGGAAGGCAUCUGUGUGGCUAAAGAAGCGCAAGAUCACUUUGUUGGCUGUUUCUUGCAUGGGACUGUUGGGUGCUAACCUUUCUUCUCAUGUGUUUCCUGAGCAGACAUUCAAACUGUUGCAUGAGUGCUGGUCAGAGGGGCAGCCAGCUGAGCUUUCACAAAGGCUCCGUAGUGUCUUUCAGGAUGUCCUUCAAGAUACCAAUGUGAAGUCCAAGGACUCCUUUCAAGCCUUUGCAGCUUCUGGUUUUCACCCUGUGAGUGCUGGAAUCCCCUGGCUGCCUUCAGGGUCUUUGGUGGGCAUCCCACCUAACUUUGAUAGUACAGCUGAGGAUAAAAAAGGAAUAGUCAACCAUGUUGUUGUGAUCAAUGGCAAAGUAGUAGACUGGGAGAGCAGGGAAGGUGUUGCUCUGAAGGAAGCUCUAACAUUUUCACCUGAAGCUCAGAAGUUUGCCAUUGCCAGAGAAGUUGUGUAUUUGCAGAGUGGCAGCCCCUUAGCAAGUGCAUUUGUGGCUCCAACUUGUUUAGCCGGUACAUUUCUUUGUGGGAAAAGCGUAAAGUUACUUCUGGGUUUAUCUUCUGGCCCCAUGGUACUUCGUAGCAUCUGUAACCUCAUAACUGCUGCUGGUGGACUGAUGUGCUAUUAUGUUUCUUACGACGCUAUGACCUAUCAUCUGGACUGCAAGGCAGACAGAAAGGCAGCCACUAUUUCCAAAGACUACGCCAGAGGGGGGGUUGAAUUUUAUGAUAAAAUCUUGUCCCGCAAUAGGAUCCUUCGAGGUCUGAUGGGAAAACAAGGGACAAAAAUAUAUGCCCCGAGUGGUAACCUUUUCCCAAGGCAUUGGUUCAGAAUAAAGUAUACCCCAUACACUUACCGAAGAGAGUUGAUUGUUAAUAUUUUAAGAGAGCUCCAGGCAUAGGAAGGGAGUGCUUGAAUUUUAAACUUGUGAAUUAUGUAUUCUCUUGGA